GAAAAAGAAGGCAUAUUGGGCUUAUAAAGGAAAAGAGAAAAAAGAGGGAAUGUAUUGGAGAAUGAUGGAAAAAGAUUGGUGGGAAUUGAAAUCCACCUUAUAUAUGCGCAUUGCGCACUGAGAAGAAAGCACUCUAUAUAUAUUUUUGAAUCAAAACAAAAAUAAAACCCUCCGACUAUGUGGGCCCAUUUCUGCCAUGGCCAAGAACCAGCACCCACCUCAACCCCUCACCCCAUCAUUACCAUCAAGAAUUCUCUCUUACUCUUUCUCUCAUUCAUCAACAAUUGUACCAUCCACACAAAGUCGCAAGAAAACAAUUACCCAUUCUCUUACUCCUGUAUCUUUGUUUUUGGAAUUUUCUUUUCUUCUUUUCUUUGCUUUUCAUUUGGGUCUAAUUCAUCCUUCUGAAAGCCUAACUUAACCUUAGUUGUGGUGAUGGGUGGCUGGUGAGGAACUGGACUUUGGCUGUUUCUGGUUUCGGUAUAAUGGGUAACUGUUGGUUCAGGUGGGAGCCUUCAGUUUACAGAGUCUCUUCCAAUGCAAAGUCAGAGUCCCCAAAAGACCAGAGCCCCUCGGUGAAUCCUAGGGAAGAUGAUAGUAAGUUACCAUCGAAUCCUGAAGAGGUUGAGAUCCUACGCCGUGAUUCAGCUGCAAAUCCUUUGAUUGCAUUCACAUUCAGUGAGCUGAAGAUAAUCACUGGAAAUUUUAGGCAAGAUCACAUGUUGGGUGGUGGAGGAUUUGGAAGUGUGUAUAAAGGGUUCAUCACUGAGGAUUUAAGAGAGGGGAUUUCCCCCCUUGCUGUAGCUGUUAAAGUUCAUGACGGUGAUAACAGUUAUCAAGGACACAGAGAAUGGCUGGCAGAAGUCAUAUUUUUGGGGCAGCUUUCUCAUCCAAAUUUGGUAAAGCUCAUUGGAUAUUGCUGCGAGGAUGAACAGCGGGUGCUGAUAUAUGAGUAUAUGGCUCGGGGAAGUGUGGAAAACAAUUUAUUUUCAAGAGUGCUGCUUCCUAUGCCUUGGUCCAUACGGAUGAAGAUUGCAUUUGGCGCAGCUAAAGGACUUGCCUUUCUCCAUGAAGCUGAGAAACCUGUCAUCUAUCGUGAUUUUAAGACAUCUAAUAUUCUGUUGGAUCUGGACUACAAUGCAAAGCUCUCUGACUUUGGCCUUGCGAAAGAUGGACCGGUGGGAGAUAAAUCUCAUGUUUCUACACGCAUAAUGGGGACGUAUGGAUAUGCCGCACCUGAGUAUAUCUUGACAGGCCAUCUAACUCCAAGAAGUGAUGUUUAUAGCUUUGGUGUUGUUCUUCUCGAACUGCUGACUGGAAGAAAAUCUUUAGACAAGUCACGGCCAGCCCGGGAACAAAAUCUUACUGAUUGGGCUCUCCCCAUGCUCAAAGAGAAGAAGAAAUUGCUCAACAUCGUUGAUCCGAGACUAGAAGGAGAUUAUCCUACUAAAGGAGUUCAUAAGGCAGCCAUGCUAGUUUAUCAUUGCUUGAACCGAAACCCAAAAGCAAGGCCUCUAAUGCGAGACAUUGUAGACUCUUUGGAACCUCUGCAGGUCCCUGAGGAAGUUUCUGCUGAAAAAACUAUAAUAGAGGUUAGCCAGUUUCCUGCUGAAACUAAAACGAAAGAAGAUUCACUGUAAUGUGUCUUUGGUUUGUUUAGAAAGAGAGUUUUUUUUUUUUGUUGCAUUAAUAGCUUCUUUUGUGUGUAUCUGAGAAGAGAUACAGCUUCCUUUUUUCUUUCCUUUUUAAUCAUUGGUUAAACAUGGUUUUGUGAUGAUAACUUGUAACUGGAUUAUUGUAACUUGGCGUAAAUAUCAAUAUAAAAGCAAUAUUCUCUUGUUGAUAA